AUUGAAAAUAAAUAAUUGUAUAUAUAGAGAGUGUAGAGAGAGAGAGUGGCAGAGAAGAUGGAGUCCGGGAAAUUGAGGCUUCUUGCUCUGUUGCCGAUUCUCGCUUCUCUUAUUCUACUCUAUUUCGAUUUUUUCCCGCAGAGCUACAGGAGCAACUGCAGCCUUAUACAGUACCGACAUUUUUGGAUAGCUAGCAAGCGAAUCGUGACACCUACUUCGAUAAUUUCCGGUGCAGUUGAAGUAAGAGGAGGGAAAAUCAAAUCUAUUGUUGAAGGAGAUGAAUGGCGAGGUAAAUUACCGAGUAGCCAAGUUAUUGAUUAUGGGGAAGCUGUUGUUAUACCUGGAUUAGUUGACGUGCAUGCACAUCUAGACGACCCUGGAAGAUCGGAAUGGGAAGGAUUUCCUUCAGGAACAAGAGCAGCUGCUGCUGGUGGAAUUACAACAUUGAUCGACAUGCCUUUGAACAGUUAUCCAUCUACAGUUUCAGAAGAAACACUGAAGCUUAAGACCAAAGCUGCUAAAGGAAGGAUCUUUGUUGAUGUUGGUUUUUGGGGUGGUCUUGUCCCCGAAAAUGCAUUCAAUGCAACUGCUUUGGAUCGUCUUCUCCAGGCUGGAGCACUCGGCCUCAAGUCUUUCAUGUGUCCUUCUGGAAUCAACGACUUCCCCAUGACAAAUUCCAGCCAUAUUAAGAAAGGGCUCUCUGUACUGGCAAAAUACAAGAGACCAUUGUUAGUACAUGCCGAGAUUCAACAAGAAGCCAAUGAUGACCUGGAAAUUCAAGAAAAUACUGCCAAUCCUCGAUCUUAUUCCACAUAUCUCAAGACUAGACCUGCUUCAUGGGAAGAAGCAGCAAUUCGAGAGCUAGUGACAGUAACGAAAGACACUAGGGCUGGGGGCCCCGCUGAAGGAGCUCAUCUUCACACUGUUCAUUUAGCUGAUUCCGGCUCUUCUUUACAACUUAUAAAGGAAGCUAAGAGUAGCGGUGACAGCAUUACAGUCGAAACGUGCCCCCAUUACUUAGCAUUUUCAGCUGAACAAAUUCCAGAUGGCGAUACUCGAUUCAAGUGUUCUCCACCGAUUCGCGAUGCAGAUAAUAAAGAAAAACUGUGGUCCGCUUUGCUGGUAUAAAUACAUACACAGACAUAUAUAUAUAUAUAUAUAUAUAAUCUGGGUGACUUUCUCAGGGCGUGGGGGGGUAUAUCUUCUUUGCAGUUUGUUCUCCCUGUGACAUGGUCGUACGGACUUAAAUACGGAAUUAGUCUUAAUCAAUUAGUUUCGUGGUGGAGUGAGAAGCCCGCGAAACUUGCUGGCCAAGAUUUGAAGGGAGCCAUUGUAACAGGAAAUUACGCAGACAUUGCAGUAUGGGAACCUGAAGUAGAAUUUCAACUCGAUGAUAAUCACCCCGUUUACCUUAAGCACCGGAAUAUAUCAGCAUACAUGGGAUCGAAACUCCGGGGAAAGGUCUUAGCUACAUUUGUUAGAGGUAACCUUGUUUACCAAGAUGGGAAGCAUGCUCGUGUUGCUUGUGGCGUCCCAAUAUUGGCUUAAAUGAAAGGUUUUUUUUACAUAGGCUGGCUUAAAGCUUAAAAGAUGGUUGUCCUGGAGAUAGUGAAAUAGAUUAGAUUUCUGCUAUUUGGUUGUUGCCAAUCCUGGUUGGCAGUAAUUUUAUUUAUCAAGGCUCAAGUGUAAAUAUUAUGAAUUUUGCAGCCCAAUAAAUUUUUUUAUUUUUUUUA